AUGAAGCUCGUCUCUAUUGUCCUUGCCGCUCUUGCUGCCACCACUGUGCAGGCUGCUGCCCUGCAGAGAUGGUGUCACCUCCCUGGCCAGCCAUGCAACAUGAUCAAGCGUGCGGCUGAUGCUAGCGGAGAAGUCAAGCGCUCUGCCGAUGCUUUGGCUGAAGCCAUUGCAGAGGCCUCUCCCGAGACCCUUCAGAGAUGGUGUGUCCUGCCUGGCCAGCCUUGCAACAAGAUCAAGCGGGCUGUCGAAGCCGGCAGCGAAGUCAAGCGCUCUGCCGAUGCCUUUGCGGAGGCUAUGGCCGAUAUCGACGAGUCUGACUUCCAGUAGGCUGGGCUACUGCCUCCAACGAGCCCAUGCUUCUCUUUCUCACCCGUCGCCAGUCUUCCUAGGACUCAAGCAACCAGAGUCGGGUUUCGUUAUCUUCUUCUUUUACAUAUCUUUUCAAUUACGUUACUUUCGAUCUACGUCAUCUUCUCUCCCAAAGCUGUUAUACUGUGGCUUGGGGCGGUGCUUUGGCUUGAAAUUCAAAAAAAAAUCCAACAUACUACAUCCAGGCCGAAUUGAAGACCAGCAAACCAAGUGCUGCGUACUGUCUAGUCACUCUUUCUCGCAAUAUAUCUACCGCACCGACUCUCUUGGAUGCUGGCAGCUACAACUACCUCGUUGAGUCCUU